AUGGGCAACUGCAUGAACAGGAAUUUCAAUACAAAAAACACUGAAGACGUGGAAGAAGAGAAACACGUUUCCAUUAGCCAACCCCUUCCCGUGCCACAACAGCACAAUUCAUCAUCAUUCGACCGACGACGGGUGGAAGAAGAAAGGAUUCCUUCAACGGACGCAGAGACUUGUCGCUUUUUAUUUUCUAACACUCCGCCCAUGAAAAACAGCCGGAUCUUCUCCGCGCCAUGCACCCAAACUGAAUCCCACGACCCUGUUAUUAACUUUUCCCACCACGAUUCUCCCAUCUCAUUUUCCCCUAAUCGCCAGUCCCUGACGGCAUGUAACACAUGCGUACCAGUUCCCUUUAGUCAGUGUCCACCUGCCAUUGUCUCUAUGGCUCAGCGGGUAUCUGCAGCACUGUCCUCUGGGUCUUGUUCUCGUUCCCACUCUCUUCCUCGCUCCGGCGUGGCCGGGUCCAAGGCCCUUAUCUCAUACUCACCUGCUGUGCUGGUCUCACUGGCGUCAGAGGUAGAUAGUGUCGCCGACAUUAAAAAGAAAAACGCCCUGAAAAAGUCCUCUCAAAAUCAACACGAAUUUCAGCAUUUGAAUGAGCGAUUUCAGAGAGCCAGUACUGGGGCGUCUAUUGACGUCUACCAUGCUCAGCGAUUGUGUGGGUUAUCCGCAAAUGAGCAAGGCUCAGCGUCACCUGAGUUAACAAACCGUCUUGUGGCGAUAUUUGACUACAACGCUCGGACAGAUGAAGAAAUUUCGCUUCGAAAGGGCGACGUGAUGCUUGUCCUUAAUGACAGGUAA